AUGAUCAUUUCCAUAUAUUAUUCCCUACCUUGCCGUGGUUCCAUUGGUGGUAAUAGUUCCACAUUAGACUCUUAUAUUGCUGCUAUUAUGCUGGAAGGGCUUCUUAAAUUGCCAGAGAACAGGGAGUGCGCUGACUGCAAAUGCAAAGGUCCUCGAUGGGCUAGUGUGAAUCUGGGCAUCUUUAUAUGCAUGCAAUGUUCUGGAAUCCACAGAAGUCUUGGAGUGCACAUAUCAAAGCAUGUUCGUACAAUUAAUGAUGAUGGCCGCUCUAUAAGCAGAGACCUUGACGGGUUUCCAGUGACCUGCAGUGGCAGUUAUGAGGACAAUAUGGUAGUACUGAAGCAGGAGUCUCAAUUUGCAAAGGCAAAUGAUUGUAGUUUCAGUCGAUUUAGUCUGCAAAUAGAACAACGAAUUCCCGUUCUAUCCAGGUGGCUGAUCUUCAACCGAUUCAAAUUUACUGCAUCACAGGGAGUUAAACUUGGGCCAGCAUUUCUCUUGACAAGGUGAGCAUAAUAAGAAGAAUCAUGCAGGAAGUAAGGAAGCAUAAAAAACACUCUUUAGAAUUCUUUUGAUUAAACUUUAUAACCGAGGUAUAGUAGCUACUAGCUACUAGCUAGGGACUUGGAAGUUAAGAAGUAAAAGAAAAGAAAGGAUUAUGCCAUGAGAAACACAACUAAAGUGGAAGAUAUUGUUAUUCUCAAAAUAGGAUUCAAUAUCAAACUAAACAAUUUUCUUUUGCAAUACAUAAAUUUGCUGUUAACCGCUGGGUAUGCUUUUGAAGGGUGAUUCCUGACCCUUUUUCGAACUUCACAAAGCCCGUUAUG